AUGUUACAAUUAAAUGAUUCUGUUUCCAUUUGUAAUUCUAGUGUUUAUGAGGAGAAUGAUAGUUCUAGUGUUCAAAAAGUUUAUGAUACUAGCGUCCAUCAAGAAGUUUAUGACUCAAGUAUUUGUAAAAAAAUAAUUAAUAGUGACGAGUCAUAUUUAUUAGGUGAUUUUGAACAACAGCAAAUAACAGAUCAAGAACAGGAAAUCUUAGAUCUAAAGA